AUGGGAAGCGCAGCGGCACAGAUACCCACGAGCUUUGGGCAGGAACUGAGGGCAUGCCUUCGCUGCCGCCUUGUCAAAACCUACGAUCAGUUUAGGGAAUCAGGAUGCGAGAACUGUGCCUUCUUUAAGAUGGACGAAGAUCAUGAGCGUGUUGUUGAUUGCACAACUCCUAAUUUCACAGGGAUUAUCUCAGUCAUGGAUCCAAGCAGGAGUUGGGCUGCUAGGUGGCUUAGAAUCGAAUCUAAGUCACGUCAACUUAAGCUUUCCAUCAAGGAAGUUAUGGCAUUAGACAAUGAACUAUUUAAGACACCAUAG